GGGAACGAGAGGAGCCUGAGACCCCCGGGAACGACAGCUUCACCGCAGCUUCACCAUGGGCUGGGCCUUCAUGCUGUUCCCGUUCCUGCUGAGCCUGUUCGCGCCGUCCAUCCGGAAGCCGAGCUACUCCCGCUUCGUGUCGCGGUGGGACGCCGCCUGGAGGCCUCAGCGCUUCGGAAGGGACCCGAGCCGGGUGCCGAGGAGCGACCCGUACCCUUACGGCGACCUCCAGCGGUGGCUAGAGAGGAAACAGCAGCAGCAACCGCGGCCUUUCGGCGCCGGGACCUUCCGGGACAACCAAUUCGACCCAGGCCCGGUCUUCCCGGACUUAAAGUCGCCGCCGGCGGCAAAAUGGGGGAAAGAGCGGUUCUUGAGCGAACUGACAACAAACCAGCGGUACGGAAAGUUCGCGUCUCCGUUGUCAAACCUCCUCAACCACCGGUUGGUCCAGGGUUCGAGCCGACCGUUCGACUACGGACGCCAGGCGGCGGUCGUCCCUUACCGGAAAACGCUCGAAACUCUGAUGGACAUGGUCCAGAACCGCCUGAUCGCCGACCUGCUGCAACGCUUGUGGAAUCAGCACCAAGGCCAGGUCGGAAACGGGGCUUUGCCAGGCAACGGCGUCGCUCAGUCCGCACGGUUUCCGUUGACGUACAGUCGUCAGGCGGAGUACGGAAGCAUACAAUCUCCGCAGCGCGAUCCUUCGUCGUCUUGGGGAGUUCCGACUUCAAGCCGUCCGUACGAAAGUGCCGGGAAGGACAAGGUCAAGUGGAGUCGGCCCAAGGUCAUCCUGUCCAAAAUGGCGACUAGCGGUGGUCGGCAGCCGCACGCCUCAAAAGGUCCACCCGGCAACACCCUGCACACCGGACAUUCCGGAGGAAUAUCCGGCAACAGCCUCAAUUCCGGCCAUUCCGGAGGAACGUCCGGCAACAGCCUCUAUUCCGGAAAUUCCGGAGGCCCGCUCGGCAAUAGUCUCUACUCCGGUCAUUCGGCAGGAACGUCAGGUAAAAACCUGUACUCGAUGCAUUCCGGAGGCCCGGUCGGCAACAGCCUCUACGCCGGAUAUUCCGGAGGAACGUCUGGUAAAAGCCCGUACGCCGGAUUUUCCGGAGGGCCGUCCGGCAACAGCCUCUACUCCAGGCCUUCAUCAGGCGCAUCCGGCAAUAGCCUGUAUCCCGGGCCUUCCGGACACAGCAAGCAGCCCGGAAACCCAGAAUCCAAUGCAAUCUACCCGUUGGCCUUCCGGAAAACCAGAGAAGCAGGGAACAGGAAAAUGCACUGAGGACGCCGCGACACAGCAAGCACAACGUAACCGGUCCAUACUACCACUCCACGACAGUAGAACAGGGUUAGUUAGUAACAGUCCACUCCCGAGUGGCUCCUAGAAAUAAUUCCGUAUCCAAGAAGCAUAAGAAAGAGUCGUCCCGAAAGAAGGAAUCAUAUUCAAGCAGAUGAAACGUGCCACUUGGGGUUUGUGGAGUCCCAGUAGAGAGUAGUAGAG